AGCUGCUGGGACGGCGGAGCGAGUUGGUCGAAAGCAGGGGCAGUAGGAGUUCUGUGUGCUAAACCCUAUUUAUUUCAAGAGAGUAAACAACCCUUUGGAAUAAUGUUACCAUGUCUGUACACGCCUUGCUGUGCGAGAGGAUUGCUAUUGCAGAGGAGCUCAUCAAGAGGGCAGAAGCCCUUUCUAGAUUCCGGAAAGGAGGCAUAGAAGGCGGAUCAAAACUCUGCAGCAAGCUAAAGGCCGAGUUAAAGUUCUUGCGCAAGGUGGAGGCUGGCAAGGUAGCCAUCAAAGAGUCUCACCUGCAAAGUACCAAUCUUACUCACCUGCAGGCCAUCAUUGAGUCAGCUGAAAACUUGGAGGAGGUUGUCAGUGUUGUCCAUGUCUUCACGUAUGAGGACCAAUUCGGGGAGAAACAAAGCUUGGUGGUGGACGUCGUUGCAAAUGGUGGCCACACCUGGGUGAAAGCCAUAGGUCGAAAGGCUGAAGCUCUGCACAACAUUUGGCUGGGCAGGGGCCAGUAUGGUGACAAAAGCAUCAUUGAGCAGGCAGAGGAUUUCCUGCGAGCAAGUGGCCAGCAACCAGUGCAGUACAGUAACCCGCACAUUAUCUUUGCUUUCUACAACGGUGUGUCCUGCCCAAUGGCACAGAGGCUGCAACAGAUGGGCAUAUCGGUGCGGGGAGACAUUGUUGCCGUGAAUGCAUUGAUGGAGUGUGCUAGUGAAGACCUCCCCUUGAGCUCUGGCGAAUCGGAUGAAGGAGGGGAGGGACUUCAGGUGACCAAAGUAGAUCGGGACAACUUAAUAGCUAGUGUUGCUUUUCCUACGGAGAUCCGAGUAGACGUGUGCAAGAGGGUUAACUUGGAUAUUACUACUCUGAUCACAUACGUCUCUGCCCUGAGCUACGGAGGCUGUUACUUCAUCUUCAAGGAGAAAGUAUUAACGGAACAGGCAGUGCAGGAGAGGGAAGAGAGUGUUCUCCCACUCCUGGAGGAUUUCAUGAAGGGCAAGGAGCUGUUUGCUUGUGAAUCUGCAGUCAAAGACUUCCAAGUCAUUUUAGAGACUUUGGGAGGGGCAGAUGAGAAAAGUCGAGCCUUGUUACUCCUGGAGAGAAUCAAGGUGGUGCCAGACCAGCCCUCUGAGCGUGCCUUAAGACUAGUGCCCAGCUCCAAAAUCAAUAGCCGUUCUCUGACCAUCUUUGGCACAGGAGAUGCUUUAAAGGCCAUCACCAUGACUGCAAACAGUGGCUUUGUGAGGGCAGCAGCUAACCAGGGCGUUCGAUUUAGUGUGUUUGUUCAUCAGCCGAGGGCGCUGACAGAAAGCAAAGAAUCUUCUGCCACACCUUUACCAAAGUAUUCUGUUGGGCCCUAAUUGUUCAGGAGUAGUCUGCGGCCAUUAAAAUAAGAGAACUAGUGGGUAGAUCUUAUCCAAUAUUUGUGUGUUUAUCAUGUCUACAGUUUCAAAAGCAAAGCUUUAAAAAUAUACAUGCAAAGACAAUCUAUCCACAGGGCAGAGAGAAACAUGACACGGGACUUGGGGCUGCCAAGAAAGUAUUGGGCCUGAGUUGAAGUCCACCUGCACCCAGUUGUGGUGCCAGGUGCAACUUAUUGUAUGUGCUGACAUCAUUUUGCUGUGCAGUUCCUUGCUUCCAGUGCAUAUUGUAUGAGAGGUUGGGGACAUGUGCAAAUGGACACCAGGCUACUGCUUUGGAUACAGCCCUGCUGUGUUCCUUGUAAAGUUUUCAUUCUGUCCUGGGGUGACAGGCACAUUUAAGUCCCAUACAUUUAUCCUAUUGAUAAAUGUAAUGCUUCCAUGUGGGACUUCAAAGUGCACACAUUUGGCUGGAUUGUGUUCCAACUUUCUGCCCAUGGCAUAAGGUCCUAUGUUUUACAGGAUCUGUCUUCAGAUGAAAACUGUAUGGAAUGAAGAAGAGCAGUACAUGAUGUGGAAUAUGUGGCAGAAUACACCAUGGGUACAAUCCCACCAAAGUGAAACACACUUAAACCCAUUUAUUUAAAUGUGAACGCCUUGGGCACCUGCUAACGUCUCUUACAGAAAGUGACAGGUCUUUUUUUAGAAAGCUCUAUGCAACUAGAUAGUAAAUGGUAUUUUUACAGAAUCCUUCUGGUUUUCUCUUUGAUGGUUCCACAGUAAUUUAUUUUAUUAGGCGUAAUUAAGUUGUUAGCAGAGUACAGCGUAUCAUCAUAAUGUUACCAUUCAAACAGAACCAGUCUAUGGAGUCUUAGUGCUCAAAGGCUGACUUUUUAUGACUUUUCAGAUUUAACUGCUGAAAUCCUUAAAAUGGCUUGGGGUUGUGGGAGUGGGAAAACUUUAUAUUAGGGAUCAGAAUAGUGCAAUAUGAAUAAUAUGACAGCAACUGACAAAAUACAGAUGCAUUAUAAUUUAGAAGCGAAGUUACACUAUUGAACUCUCCCUUGUUACUUUUACCAGCUGUGUUAGAGAAGUUGAAAUCUAUGCUCUUAAAAUAAUAAUAAUAAUAAUAAUAAUAAUAAUAAUAAUAAUAAUAGGUCAGAUAUUUAGUUUCACAUUAUGGAAAGUAACAAGCAGGAACCUUUCCCCUAAACGGUGUCUUGGUACCUGCUCUCUCAACCCCCCCCCCAUCUUCUCUACAUAUGCAUGAAUUAAAUAAAUAUGCAAAAAGUUGGUGUUAAAAGUUGAGUUGCAUUCUGUCUCCUUCUGUGUGCUAGUCAGACGCAGAAAUGAGUUUAUACUUACUCAGCAUGGUCAUCAAGUCAGUGCCUACUGUGGGUUCAUAAACAUUCUGAAUACAGUGUGUGCUGUUUCUUUGACACGGAUUGUGUAAGAAUAAAAUGAUAGUGUCAUACCUCGGGUUA